AUGACCCCUCUCGUAAACUUCCUCAGCUCGGGUGCCCUCCCUGAGAACAAAACCGAGGCUCGCCGGAUCCAGUUCAGAACUGCCAAGUACGCCUACGCCGGGGGAACCCUCUACAGGAGGUCAUACCUAUCCCCCUGGCUAAAGUGCGUGACUCCCGAGGAGGGCGAUUAUGUCCUCUGCGAAAUCCAUGAAGGAUUAUGCACGGCGCAUGUCGAGUCCCGGGUACUAGCCAAAAAAUGCCUUCUCCUGGGCUACUAUUGGCCUUCGGUUUUCCAAGAUGCGGCUGCUUUGGUUCAAAAAUGCCGAGCAUGUCAGGUGCAUGCCUCGCUGCGCCACCAACCCACCCGGGAGAUGGUCCCCAUCCACAGUCCCUGGCCUUUCGCCCAGUGA